UGUAAAAAAAUUGUCAACGAUGACGUUGACGUCUCUCAACUCUUCUCCCCCACUCUCUAGCUUCCCCCCAACUGCUUUGUACGGCAAAUCAAUUACCUUUCAUUUCAUUUUCUCGAGCUUUUUUUCUCGGGAACCAAACACCCUGUGCCCCGCCAUGGCUUCCGAACCGGAGGAUGGGAAGAGCUGGGAGGACCUCCUCAGAAAGAUGCUGCCUGCCGGCGCACCAUUACCCGACGAAGAGCACCUCGACUACUCCAUCGCCGUCGAAUACGAAGGCUCUCCUCUGCCCUACGACCCGCCCAAGGUUGAUCCGGUUAACCUCGACUCUCUCAAUCUUUACUCUUCUUCCGUGACCGCUGGUUCGGUUCAAGCCCCGUCUUCGAUUCCGGUGGGGUCGAUGGUCGGUCAGAAGGUCUCGCGGUUCAGUCGGAUGAGGAACGGCGGCGUUGUGAAGGAGACGAGUAGAACGACGUCGUCUUCGACUCCGAGGACGCAACCGGAGCUGCGAAACAGCAGGGAAGGGUCGGAAUUUGAAGGGGCUGAGGAAGGUUUCAGCUCUGAGUUGCCGGCUCAAGACUCGAACUUGGAGCACAAACCGAUCGGCGGCGCCACCGAAGGAAAGAGGGCGGCUGUCGUGACUUUCAAUGAACCAAGAGAUUCGGAGAACGAGGACGAGGGUGAAGAUAACGACUCGUCCCCGCAAUCGAGCGCGGCCACCGAACAGGUGGGAUCGCCGGUUGUAGGGGCCUCUUCGCCCGGGAGGCGAUCGAGUAAGAGAGGGAUUUGCAGCAGGUGCGGGAAAGGGAACAGAUUGAAGGAGAGAGAGUGGUGUUUGGUGUGCGACGCCAAGUACUGCAGCAAUUGCUUGCUGAAGGCGAUGGGGUCGAUGCCGGAGGGGAGGAAAUGUGUGAGCUGCAUUGGGCAGCCAAUAGACGAGUCCAAGAGGUCGAACUUAGGGAAGUGUUCGAGGAUCCUGUCGAGGGUUUGCAGCCCUUUGGAGAUUCGGCAGAUAAUGAGGGGCGAGAAGGAGUGCCCCGCCAAUCAGCUUCGGCCGGAGCAGUUGGUUGUGAAUGGAAGCAAGCUGAGGGAAGAAGAACUGGCUGAGAUUUUGGGAUGUGAAUUGCCUCCUCAGAAGUUGAAACCUGGGAGGUAUUGGUACGAUAAGGAUUCCGGUUUUUGGGGAAAGGAGGGUGAGAAGCCGGAUAGGAUUAUUAGCUCGAAACUCAAUGUUGGGGGUAAGAUUCGGUUUGAUGCAAGCAAUGGGAACACCAAAGUGUUCAUGAAUGGCCGAGAGAUCACAAAGAUUGAGCUGAGGGUGUUGAAGCUGGCCAAAGUGCAGUGCCCUCCGGAUACUCAUUUUUGGGUGUAUGAUGAUGGUUCUUAUGAGGAGGAAGGUCAGAAUAACAUUAAAGGGAAUAUAUGGGGAAAGGCAUCCACUCGUUUCAUUUGUUCAUUAUUCUCAUUGCCUGUACCACCUGGUAAUCAAAAUGGGGCACAAGAAGAUCCGAUGACACCUUCAAGCAGGUCAGUCCGGGAAUUCUGGGAACAGGGAAGAGUUCAGAAACUUCUGUUAUUUGGCUCGGAGGGAUCUGGAACUAGCACCAUCUUCAAGCAGGCUAAGCUCUUAUAUGGGAACAAGUUCACUUCCGAAGAGCUGCAGAACAUCAAACUCAUGAUUCAGAGCAAUAUGUAUAAGUAUCUAAGUAUAUUACUUGAGGGCCGAGAACGUUUUGAAGAGGAAGCGUUGACGGAGAAUAGGAUAUCUUUGUUGGCUGCUCAUGAGUCCCCUUCAGUUGAUGAAAGCGAGCAAUGCAUCUAUGCAAUCAACCAAAGGUUCAAGCACUUUUCUGACUGGUUACUGGAUAUCAUGGCAACCGGAGACUUGGAUGCAUUCUUUCCUGCUGCGACACGUGAGUAUGCUCCUAUUGUGGAUGAAUUGUGGAGAGAUUCUGCCAUCCAGGAAACAUACAAAAGGAGGGAGGAACUAGACUGCCUUCCUGAAGUUGCCAAAUAUUUCUUAGAUCGGGCUAUAGAAAUAUCAAGUAACGAGUAUGAGCCCUCCGAGAAAGACAUUUUAUAUGCUGAGGGCGUUACACAGAGCAAUGGGCUUGCCUCUAUGGAAUUUUCAUUUGAUGACAGAAGUGCCACGUCUGAGCUAUACAAAGAAAACUAUGAAUUUCCCCUUCCCUUGACUAAGUAUCAACUAAUUCGCAUUAAUUCCAAGGGACUGAGUGAUGGUUGCAAAUGGCUGGAAAUGUUUGAAGAUGUGAGGGCAGUGAUUUUUUGUGUUGUGUUGAGUGACUAUGAUCAAAUGUGGGCCCACGGUAAUGGUCUUCUUCGUAAUAAAAUGCUGGCAAGCAGAGAUUUGUUUGAGAGUUUGGUACGGCACCCUUGUUUCAGAGACACUCCGUUUGUGCUCUUUCUGAACAAAUACGAUGCCUUUGAAGGCAAGAUAAACCAGGUUCCGUUGUCUGCCUGCGAGUGGCUAAAGGACUUCAGUCCUGUUAAGCGUCAUGGUAAUAGUCAGUCUCUGGCACAGCAAGCAUAUUAUUACGUGGCGGUGAAAUUCAAAGAGCUGUAUUCAUCCAUAAGCGGCGAAAAGUUGUUUGUGGCGCAGACCCGAGCUCGGGAGGCUGCCUCAGUUGACGAGGCAUUCAAGUACGUACGGGAGGUCCUCAAGUGGGAUGAAGAAAAGAAUGAUAAUUUCUUUGCAGUAAAUGGGGACGACUCAUUUUACAGCACGGAGAUGAGUUCUUCUCCAUAUGUCAGGCAGGAAUAGACCACGCUUCUCCGGGGCUCUGCAGGUGAGCACCAUGUGAAGUGAAAAGUUGGACGGCGUGAACUUGUCACUGGGGAAACACCGAAACAGCUCCAACGAACAUGGGGGGCUACGUGCUGCCGUUUGAUUAGCUGAUGGAAGGAUGAGUAGCGAAGACAGUUCGGCUGCAUUUCUUUGUUUCUUUGUUCUUUUCCUUCUUCUUUCCCAGGCCGGACUUGUUAUUAACGUAGGCCGGAUUUGGUUUCAACUUAGGCCGGAUUUGUUUUCGUCUUCGGCCGGAUUUGGUUUCAAGGUUCAUUCACAAUGUUGCUGGUUAUGUACAGGAUUAAAAAUUGAUUUGUAACGUAAGCUCAUUUUUAAAGGGGUGGUAUUUUUCUGUACAGCAAAUUCAAAAGUGAAUAAAAAGCCACUUUCAUAA